CUCAUUUUAUAACUUCAUAUCUAAGAGAUGUUCUUUUUACUAAAAAUAUUCGAAAAGAGUGUUUGUUGAUUUCUAGUGCUUAACAUACAAAAACAUUUCCUAAUUUAUACACAAAAAGUAUAUGCAAGCAAAAAAAAAUUAAAAAAUAAUGAAUUUGCUUGUCUGUUAAUAACAGAAAAAAAUUUACUUGAGUCAUUUUAAUAUUUUUUAGAAGCUAUACAUUUUUCAGGAAUCGAAAAAAAAUUUAUGAUGACCUCUGAAAAAAUUAAAGAAGUGAUUGCGUUAGAAAAAGUUGAUAAAGAUAUUUCAUCUGAGAAAGGAUAUUCAUUAUGGACAGCAGCGGUUUUCAUGAUUUCAUUUAAUGCUGGUCUUGGACUUCUGGCCUUGCCACAUGCUUUAGCGGGAACAGGAUGGUUUGGCAUCGUAUUGAUAGCAUUGGCGAGUUUAAAUAGUUGCUACAGUUCCAUAAUACUGGGUGAAACAUGGCUCAUCAUGGAAAGGCAAUGGGAAGAAUACAGAGGAAAAUUCCGUUAUCCAUAUCCAGCCAUUGGAAUGAGGGCCGCUGGAGCCUGGAUGAGAUAUGUAGUUACCGGAACUUUGCACACAACUGCUGUCGGAGUUUCGGUUGUGUAUCUUCUUGUAUCGGCACAAGUUGGUCAGUCUAUGUGUGAAGAAUAUUUCUCCUUGGGAUACAAAACCUGGAUAAUUAUUUUGGGGACCAUUUUGUGUCCUCUCACUUGGUUUGGGAGCAUUGAGAAAUUUAAAUUUGCCGGCUUGGGGGCUAUGCUGUCUAUACUCGCCGCUUGCUUGGCCAUGAUUGUAGGUAUCGUGUUGGAUCUUUUAAAGACAGAAACCGUGAACUGGGAGCCACCAACAAUUUCCUCGAUAUCGAUGUCAUUUGGAACCAUGCUGUUCGCCUUUGGAGGAAUAUUUUUCUAUGUCACAGUGCAAAAUGAUAUGAGGUGCAAGCAACAAUUUAAUAAAGCUUCAAUUGUCAGCUUCAUCACGCUCCUCAUCUUGUAUAUACCUGUCACUGUGACUGGAUACAUGGUAUAUGGAUCGGAUGUGGCUCCGAAUUUGAUCUUUUCUCUGAGUAAAGGAAGCCUCAGAACCUUCAUCGAAGUAUGUUUGGCCAUCCACACUUUCUUGGCCAUUCUUCUAGGAAUUAAUCCAGUCGUACAGGAGAUCGAAGAGGCUCUUAAUGUGCCUUCAGUUUUCAACUACAAACGAUGUUUGAUUCGCACUUUCAUUAUAUUCCUCGUUGUGACUAUAGGAUAUACAAUACCACACUUUGACAAAAUGAUGAAUCUAGUUGGUGGAUCUACAACAACUUUGCUAACAUUUAUCUUUCCUUCUCUAUUCUAUUAUUUGAUUAAAAAGAAUGUUAGCUUUAUUGAAAAAAUAUUUCUGCUGCAGAUCGUUCUUGUUGGUAUGGCUGGUGGAAUUUCAUGUACCUUCUUUGCUGUGUUGGAUAUAAUACAAACUUUUUAAGAAGAUUUAGGAAUAUUUUAGCAGCACAAAUCGUAUUUAUGGCAUCAUGUUAUGGAUGAAUUUAAAUAAAGUGCCGUUUUUAUCAUUGUUA